AUGGACUAUAAUGCUAAUGAUCGAGAUCAAAUUUGUAGGGCAUAUCUACAAAAAGAUGUCAAAGUUAUUGCAUUGAGCAAUGCUCCACAAAAUCUCAAGUUGACAUCUCAUGAUAUUCAAAAAGACAUUGUAAAUGUGGCUGCAUUUGAAACUAUCAAUGUGAUUAUUAGAGAUCUUGGUGAUGCACUUUUUUCUAUUUUGAUUGAUGAAGCUCGUGACAUAUCAAUCAAUAAGCAAAUGGCAAUUGUAAUACGAUAUGUUGACAAAAAAUGCCAAGUGAUUGAGCACUUUUUGGGACUACAGCCUCGAAUUAUGGACUAUAAUGCUAAUGAUCGAGAUCAAAUUCGUAGGGCAUAUCUACAAAAAGAUGUCAAAGUUAUUGCAUUGAGCAAUGCUCCACAAAAUCUCAAGUUGACAUCUCAUGAUAUUCAAAAAAACAUUAUAAAUGUGGCUGCAUUUGAAACUAUCAAUGUGAUUAUUAGAGAUCUUGGUGAUGCACUUUUUUCUAUUUUGAUUGAUGAAGCUCGUGACAUAUCAAUCAAUAAGCAAAUGGCAAUUGUAAUACGAUAUGUUGACAAAAAAUGCCAAGUGAUUGAGCACUUUUUGGGUAUUGAACAUGUUGUUAAUAUGAAUGCUCUCUCACUCAAACAAGUUGUGGAAAACUUAUUCUCCAAACUUGAAUUGAGUAUUUCCAGAUUACGGAGUCACGAAUAUGAUGCGGCUAUCGUGGCAAUGAAUCAUAAUCAAAUUGCUUUACUUUUUACUUUGGUUUCUAAUGCGGUGAAUGUUAUUGGAGCAUCAUUGGAGCUCAUGGUACUUAAUGAACAACUUGAUACAUACAUUAUCGAUAUGUUAUCCAGUAGUGAGUUCUCAAUGUUAAAUGGAAUUGCUGAUCUUGCUAAGAAAAUGAUAGAGACUAGAAGAGACAAAGUAUAUACAUUGGUGUAUUUGCUCUUAACUUUAGUAUUAAUCUUACUUGUUGCAACUGCUAUUGUUGAGAGAGCAUUUUCAGCUAUGAAUAUUGUGAAGAAUUGGUUGCGGAACCGAAUGGGUGAUGAAUGA